UCGGCGUCUAUAUUCUCGGCCCACCUCGAGUUGACAAGCUCACAAAAGGCCACGCGGACACAGGAGAGGGGAGAGCCCGAGAGCUUCCCUUGCCGGCGAGAUCCAGUCCGGCUCACGCGAUCUGACUUUCCCGGAGGGAAUUAGCUGGUCUGGAGUGAAUACUGAACCGAAAUGCCUCUGCUCCCGUCUGUUCUUUAAUCUUACGUUCUUCAACAGUUGAAAUCCAUCCCACCCCAAUGUUUCCAUGUUCAUUCCAGAAGCAAUUCUUGCUUGAUUCGUGGACUUCUUUCCUAAGCUACAGCUUCUUUCCAAGUAGAGUACCAGAACCAGAUACCCGAUCUCAAGGGAUGAAGAUAGUGACUGGGCCAUGGGAAUUAGACCGAGAAAGAAAGGGCCAGGUUGAGAUAUCGGGGGCAGGUUGCCCUUCCGGUGCCUGAAGGGCAAACAAAAUGUCAUACCAAGUCAGGCUGCUGCGCUUUUCCUAUGAAUUGGCCUUCUCGCAAUCCCUUCUGUUUUGCCUCGCCUCAAUCUGUUGAUGGUCCUUGAAUGUGAUCGCAUCAUUGCAGCAGAUCCAGGUUAAGCAGAUGGCUGACAACAGCAUUGAGCAAGCAUUGAUAGAGAAUCCUCCUAAUGUGCUGAAAUGGAAGCCAUCAGAAAGAGCUAAACGGUUUCGACGAUGCAGGUCAACUCCCUCAGAUCCCACCGAUCAAAAACCUGCAGAAAACGGAUCUGUGCUUAAAGCCAAAGAGUUAUUCAAGGAGAAAAGGCCGAGCUUCAUGCUUGUAGGCCUCCUCCUUUUCGCCUACCUACUAGUGGGUGUCAUCAUCUUUUACCUAUUCAUGGAUCAAUUAUCUGGGAAGACAACUAAUAGAGUGCUUGACGCCUUGUACUUCGUUAUUGUCACAAUGACCUCGGUUGGCUAUGGGGAUCUUUUCCCAAACAGUGACACAACAAAGCUGCUUGCUUGCGCUUUUGUAUUCACAGGAAUGGCGAUCAUUGCUCUCUUCAUCAGUAAAGCGGCAGAUUACCUUGUUGAGAAACAGGAGGUGUUGUUCUUCAAAGCACUGCACAUGAAUAUGAAGGGCAGCGAGGCCAAAAUGCUAGGAGCAAUGGAAACAAAUAGGAUAAAGUACAAAUUCUACACUGUCGCUCUGCUUCUUGCAAUGGUUAUUGUUGCUGGGACUGUAUUUCUGUGGAAGGUUGAGAAGCUCAGCCUUGUUGAUUCCUUCUACUGUGUCUGUGCCACGAUCACUACCCUGGGUUAUGGGGAUAAAAGCUUCUCGUCCAAACUGGGGCGUGUUUUUGCAGUGUUUUGGAUAACCACAAGUACUCUCAUCAUGGCUCAGUUCUUCAUGUACCUUGCUGAGCUCUACACUGAGCGCCGGCAGAAAAUCCUGACCAAAUGGGUGAUCAACAGGAGGAUAACCACCAUGGAUCUUGAGGCAGCUGAUAUAGAUGACGACCGACAAGUUGGUGCUGCUGAAUUUGUACUUUACAAGCUAAAAGAGCUCGGCAAGAUCAGCCAAGAGGAGAUAUCUUGUUUUCUCGAGGAGUUUGACAAGCUUGAUGUUGACCAGUCUGGCACACUCUCAACUUACGACCUUACUCUAGGACAAACAAUUCAAUGACUGAUGAUGCAUAUGUGAUUUUGCUGACUGAAUGAUUUUGUUUGAUGUCGUUAGCAUUUCUGUUGUCCAUAUGUAACGCUGUAAUGUUGUAAAGAUGUAAAUUGAGAUGAUUGAGAAAUUGUGCCCCGCCUUUUCUCCAAAGCAACUUGAAUCAAGGCUGUAAAGAACAAAUACUUGCUGGAGACAGACGACAUACCUGCAAAUUUAUGAUUGGCUUAGCUCU